AGGAAAUAUUUUAGGUGGUAAAUUGCAGAAUGCACAAGUUUUUGGCUAAGCACUAACUGUUACCCCAGUCCCUUUAUGAUUAAACAACCAAAAAAAGGCCAAGAAUAUAAAUAUAUAAAAUAAAUUAAUAAAUAAACAAUAAUAAUAAGACAAAUUUUAACAGUAUAUUCUAUCAAUACCUUUACAGUUCAAAUUCUGAUGAUGGUGUUUGCUUUGACUAUAAAGGUCCAAUCUGCACACGAGUGUGAUCAGGGAUUCUAAUAAAAAAAAUCAGACAAGGUUUCUUGAUUAGUGUGUGCAUGUAACUCAAGGCUUUAUUAUUUGCCUGUAAUGAGUCUCGAUCCGAUAUUAUUACAGUGACGAGUCGUGUAGUUAAGUAUACGGACAUGAAAGUGUUAUUAGCUGCUAAUAAUUGUUCACACACCGUUAGUACUACACAGUAACCUACCUACAAUUUAAUCGUUGAACGUGUCUUAAGCCCGUGGCUCGAAGAGUUGGCUGGAUAUGGGUAGUUCUCUAUGAGAUAAACUUGAACUAUAGCUUUACAUUACCUACAACUACAAUAGCAUAUGUUAGAAUAAGUUAGCAAUAUACAAUUGGAGAUACAGUGGUUGCAAUGAAAUCUAGAAGGCAAACAUUUUUAUUACGAAAGCGGUGAUGCGAACAAGAUUCAGAACUGGAUACGCGAUAAUGUACAGCUAACGAAGAUCUAGGAUUAGAUUUAAAUUUGCUAAAAAUAAAACAAUAGAUAAGUUAUUUUGUAGAUGACAAAAGUAUUUAGCACAGAUAGAGGGGAUAUUUGUGAGUAAGCUGAUAUCCUUUGAGAUACUAUAGUAAAUUAUGUUUCAAUAAUUCUUCAUACUUAAUUAGUAGGUAUGUCAUAAGGAUAUCUUUUAAUUUAACCAAUCCUUCCCUUCUUAGAGAGAGAGAGAGAGAGAGAGAGAGAGAGAGAGAGAGAGAGAGAGAGAGAGAGAGAGAGAGAGAGAGAGAGAGAGAGAGAGAGAGAGAGGAAGUAUCCUGUAGGCUUCACCGGUUCAUGCGAGGCUUUCUGCACGAAUUUUAUACAUGCGUUGACCGAGGAUAAGGAGAUGCUGUAGAUAAAAAAUAUUCCUUUGUUAUUAAACAAGUCAUUUGGCAAUAGUUAAAGUAUAAGCUUUUAAAGAAACUUAAAGACAAAGUGUCCUAACUAAAAUAUAAAAAAAAGUUGCUAUUUUAACCAGUUGCAGAUUCUUGCCUGCCUAUUUAAGCACUUGUCCCCGUGAGUAUGUAGACACACACACGCACACCAGCAAUUUUUUUCUCUCGUCUUCUCCUUCUUCCCAAUAACAAUGUUUUCGAUAGUUUUCUUCGUCGGAGCUUUACUCAUUAUCCUCAUUACAAACUGGCUUUACAAUUGGUGGAAUCCUAAGUGUAAUGGAGUCCUCCCACCAGGUUCAAUGGGCUGGCCGAUUCUCGGCGAAACUCUUUCCUUCUUUGCCCCUAACACAACUUUGGAUAUUUCUCCUUUUGUAAAGGACAGGAUGCAAAGAUACGGGCCGAUUUUCAAGACUAGUGUAGUGGGAAGGCCGAUAAUAGUAUCGACCGAUGCAGAUCUUAAUUACUACAUCUUUCAACAAGAGGGGCAGUUGUUUCAGAGCUGGUAUCCGGAUACCUUCACCGAGAUAUUCGGUAGGCAAAAUGUAGGUUCGUUGCAUGGAUUCAUGUACAAGUACCUUAAAAACAUGGUUCUGAAUCUAUUCGGUAUCGAAAGCCUGAAGAAGAUGCUCCCAGAAGUUGAACAGACAUCAAAACGGAACCUGCAAAGGUGGUCGCUCGAAACUAGUGUCGAUGUAAAAGAUGCAAGUGCACAGAUGAUAUUUGACCUCAGUGCAAAAAAGCUAAUCAGCUAUGAUUCAGAAAAAUCGACCGAGAAUCUAAGGGAAAGUUUUGUAGCUUUCAUACAGGGAUUGAUUUCCUUCCCAUUAAACAUUCCUGGAUCAGCCUACAACAAAUGUUUACAGGGAAGAAAGAAGGCAAUGAAGAUGCUGAAAAACAUGCUACAAGAAAGACGAGAAAGGCCGAGAAAAAUCCAAACCGAUUUCUUCGAUUAUGUGUUGGAAGAGCUUCAAAGAGAGGAUACGGUACUCACGGAGGCGAUUGCUCUGGAUUUGAUGUUCGUGUUGCUUUUUGCCAGCUUUGAAACAACCUCCCUGGCAAUCACUUUAGCAACCAAAUUUCUCGUCGAGUAUCCCCUCGUGUUAAAAGAAUUGACUGAGGAACACGAGGCGAUUAUUAAAAGACGGGAAAAUCCGGAUUCCGGACUUACAUGGAAUGAGUACAAAUCAAUGAAAUUCACAUUUCAGUUUAUCAACGAAACAGUCAGACUGGCAAACAUAGUUCCUGCAAUUUUCAGAAAAGCACUGAGGGAAAUCAAAUUUAAAGAAUAUACUAUUCCAGCUGGUUGGGCGGUUAUGGUAUGUCCUCCAGCUGUGCACUUAAACCCCACCAGAUAUAAAAAUCCUCUUGACUUCGAUCCGUGGAGAUGGGAGGGAAUAGACACGAAUGGUGCAUCAAGAAACUUCAUGGCAUUUGGAGGCGGGAUGCGAUUCUGUGUCGGAACAGAUUUUACUAAGGUGCAGAUGGCUGUCUUUCUACAUUCCUUGGUAACCAAGUACAAGUGGACACCGAUCAAAGGCGGCAACACCCUUCGAACUCCUGGUUUACAGUUUCCUAAUGGCUAUCACAUUCAAAUAUCUGAAAAAGAGAAAGCAAGUAUAGUGUCAGAUAAAGAAGACACUCAUGCAAGCCAAUUGGAUGGGUAA